AUGAAAGUAUUACAAUUCAAUCAAGAUGCGACAUGCUGUGUGGUGGCCGCGUCAUCGCAUCAGAUUUCGAUUUAUAACUGUGACCCCUUUGGUAAAUGUUUUGAAAUUGACACUAAGAAUUCCAAAAAAAAAAAUUCAAACAAUAAUGAUACAGCUUCAAACUCAGAAUCACGGAAUAAUGAGGAGAGCAUAUUGAUAAGCAAUGGCUCUCGCGGUCGUACCGAUGUAGAGGAGGAGGAAGAUAAUGAGGACAAUGCCCUUGUCUCAGGGAAUAUACUGAAGGAAGGGGAGUUUGUCAUUGAAAUGCUGUUCUCAACAAGCCUUAUUGCUAUUGCAGAUAGAGGGCAAGGUUUAAACAAAGGAAAAAAGCUGAAGAUUGUGAAUACGAAAAGAAAAUCAACCAUAUGUGAAAUAGUUUUUCCACAUGAAAUAGUUGAUGUAGUUAUGAAUAGAAAAAGGAUGUGCGUACUUCUUGAAAGUGACCAGAUAUUCAUUUAUGACAUAUCUUGCAUGAAGCCGCUAGAAACUAUUGAUCUUUGGGAAGAUCAUUAUAAGAGGUCCCAAGCUAAUUCAUCCUUAAAUGCGUCGAAUACCGGAACUUUAGAGGGAGAUUCUGCAAAUUUGAACAGGGCGGCUAGCAAUUUACUAGCAAAUGCCACUCAAAAGAGCGUAAACGGAUCAAAUCCCAGUGUAAGAAGCAGGAGGAACUCUUUGAGAAGUAAAAUAAGGCCAAGAAUGGUUUUAAGUAACGACGACAGAAGUAUACUGUGCUUUACUGCAUAUAGCUCACCCAAGAAGAAUAAGCCAAAUUCAGAAGCACUAUAUGAUGUGGUGAUUUAUGACACACUGAAUGUGACGCCAAUCAACUAUUUGAAUUCCGUGCACAAGGGAAAUGUUGCAUGUUUAGCAGUAAGCCAUGAUGGUAAACUGCUUGCCACUGCCUCGGAUAAGGGAACCAUAAUAAGGGUGUUUCAUACGGGGGUAGAUUCAGACUAUAUGUCUUCAAGGUCAUUGUUUAAAGAAUUUAGACGUGGUACCAGAUUAUGCAAUUUGUAUCAGCUAGCUUUCGAUAAGAGUAUGACUAUGAUUGGAUGUGUAGGUGAUACGGACACUAUUCAUCUAUUCAAACUUGAUGACAUGUCUAAUAGUCUCACUGGAGAUACUUCUAACAACGGCCACUGGAAUGAAGAAGAAGACAUACUGGCAUCAAAUUCCAACCCCAGUAUGGGAACCCCAAAAGAAACACCUCCCUCGAAACCAAGACUUGCGAACUAUUUCUCAAAGAAAAUAAAAUCUUCGAUACCAAACCAGAAUCUGAGCCGUAAUUUUGCUUAUAUUACAGUUAAUGAAUCGAACAGAAGUUGUUUAGGGUUUCCCGAUGAAUUUCCUAAUCAAGUUUAUGUUGCCUCCGAUGAUGGUACUUUCAGUAUAUAUAGCAUUCCGUCCAGACCCGGUGAAUGUGUGCUGACUAAAAAUAAUAAAUUUACGUAA